AUGGGUAUGGCAUUUUCGAAACUGUUUGAUCGGCUGUGGGGAAAGAAGGAGAUGAGAAUCCUCAUGGUCGGUCUCGAUGCUGCAGGAAAGACCACCAUUCUAUACAAGCUCAAGCUUGGUGAAAUUGUCACCACAAUCCCAACCAUUGGCUUUAACGUCGAGACAGUUGAAUACAAGAACAUCCAGUUCACCGUGUGGGAUGUCGGUGGCCAGGACAAGAUUCGACCUCUGUGGCGACACUACUUUCAGAACACUCAGGGUAUUAUUUUCGUCGUCGAUUCCAACGACAGAGAUCGUGUUGUUGAAGCUAGGGAAGAAUUGCAGCGCAUGCUGAAUGAGGAUGAACUUCGUGAUGCCCUUCUCCUGGUCUUCGCCAACAAGCAGGAUCUUCCAAAUGCCAUGAACGCUGCCGAAAUCACCGAUAAGCUUGGCCUGCACUCUCUUCGACAAAGAGCCUGGUACAUUCAAUCAACCUGUGCAACCUCGGGAGACGGUCUUUACGAAGGUCUCGAAUGGCUCAGCAACUCUCUCCGCAAGGCCGGCCACAACUAG